AGAAUAGUCAACAUGGUCACGGACAUGCUAGAGAAAGAUCAGGAAUGCGCGUCUCGUUGGGCGUCAGCUUGAUGGUGAGGUAACAUGGACUGGGAGGGGAAAUCAGAGUUUGGAACUGUGGCACGGGGUCCGGAGUACAAGAGUGCGGAGGUGAAAAGAGCCUUGUUGUGGCCCUAAAACCAUGACUGAUGUCUUGAGUGGCACCUUUCGAAACCCCCACUUCUCCUUAUAUGGUUCCUUUCGAAACGUCCACUCCUUUCGAAACCCCCACUUUUCCUGAGAGAUGACAUAUCAGUAGGUGGCAGCAUACAGACCCUGAGGGAUGACUGCUCUGAGAGAUGAUGUUGCAGCUGGACCCCUCCAAUUUUCCCCGCCUGCUAAGCAUUCAAAAUAACUCAGGGGAACUCCUCCAGAAACAGCAGGAUAAAGAAGUAGGCCAAUUUAGGAGUGAGAAGGAUGGGUGAGACACCGGUCAGGGAUGAUGGCACAGUUACAAGGUCAGCUGAGUAUGUUGGCUCUUUUCACGUGGACGACUGCUGUUUGGACGAUCAGAUGCAGCAGUUGCACACACAGCUCAAGACUCUCAAAACAUGUAAGAAAAGGAGGUCUGUGUCCCUGAAAUUUUCCAUCAAAGGGGUGAAGGUGUAUGAUGAAGAUGAGACGACCCUCCUCAUGGCCCAUGCUCUACGAAGGGUCUCCCUUUCCACUGCCCGCCCCUCGGACGGCCAGUUCGCCUUUGUUUCCCACAACCCAGGCAGCCCCGAUGCCCAGCUAUACUGCCACCUUUUCAAGGCUAGGCAUACCAGAGCAGCCCAGUUCCUGAACCUGUUGCUGUGCCGCUGUUUCCAGCUGUCCUACCUGGAGAAGCACCCAGAGGAGGCACAGGAUGAGUCUGUCGGCCCACUGCCCAGCCGUGCCCCCUCCCUCCUCAACCAGGGCUUCCCUCUCAGUGUCAGUGCCCUUGUGUCGUUCCGAAGGGCCCCCACUCAGGGCUUACUCCCAGGGGAAAAGGUCUUCCCAUUGAAGAACAACAGAACAACUGAGGAACAACUGAGCAGCCAAGAGGAGGUCUUCACCUCCUCUCCUUCCCUGGUGCGCAAGAGAGCCAUCCGCAACAAAGUUCUGCGCUCAGGGGCCUAUCGCUCCUUCACUUACAGCCCUCACAAACAACGCCACCUCCAGGAUCUACUAAACUCUCCACAAGGAAAGGGGCAGGACAAAAUGCCAGUGAGGAGAGCCCGGGCCCCGAGCCUUGCUGAAACAGAAGAAGCUCUGGCUCAAGCAGUGUGGUGUUGGGCUGGCAUCACCACUGACAGCAGCUCCUCCCUGCUUGCAGAGGAUGUCCUGGGGUCAUACCUGUUAUGCCCCAAUCCUAAGAGACCUGGCUGUGGCUCUCUCAUAAUUCGUUUCUCUUCUGGACUGGUCACCCACCUAGUAGACAACACCUCCAAUGGGAAAUACCUGCUUGAGAACUGCCACAUAGAAUUUAGCACCAUUGCUGCCUUGAUAGACUACUACACAGAUAUCAAGGGGGAGCUUGACUGUCCGCUGAGUUGUGCCCGUGUGAACCACUGCUAUGAGUGGGAGGAGAACGUUGGUAAGGCACUGCCUUUAGCCCUACACCAAGGCCUCAAAAGAAAGAAUGCAAAAUAUACCCAGAGGAAACAAUGGGUUUAAAAGCCAUUUCUGAUCAUUGGAUUAAUCGAUGUAUCCCAUUCUCAAAGAGACACUGACCAUAUGUUACACUGACAUCUUCUUAAAUAUAGUAUCAUUUAUUCACUUGCAUGCUUCACUUUUGUUAUUGUUUUCAGAUUUCUGAUAGAAACACAACUCUAACUAUCACAUUUACCUCCAGCAGGUGAAUUGUGAUAAGUAGAGUAACAUUUUGGCACAGCCUCUGGGAUGUAGGCUUGUUUUAAUGUCAAAAAGCUAUGUAUGUUUGAGUAUAUUCUUCUGUGUUUUAGCUGCACCUACUUCACCUACGUUUUGAAUUAUAUUAUUUUAAUACGUUUCAAUUAUAUUAUUUUAAAACGUAGGAAUAUGGUGUGUGUGCUAUAGACUAUAUAGGGACUUUUUUAUAUAGAUUUUGCAGACUAAGGUUUUUUUUGUACAUUAAGACUCUGCCUCAUGUUAAGCUGUCUUUCUGAAUGUGUGUUUUUCACAGCCAUCUUUUUAAGGUGUUCUGUGAGAACUAGCAGUAUUUCUUCAUUUUGAUUACAGAGAAAUGUACUUGCUGAACACAAGUGUAUUGUUGUGUUUUAUAAUUGUAUGCAUUCCCAUAUUGUAUACUGUAUACAUAUGCAUAAAUGAACACAUAUUUAUAUGAACU